AUGCCUGAGGAACUGCGUGAAGCUAAAGUAGUGGGUUUGAUUGACCCGCAAACAAACUCAUGGGAUCCCCAUAUUUUAAGUGAUUUAUUUGAACCAGAGGACGUGGCUCGUAUAUCUAGGAUCCCUGUUAGCCCGGAUUAUGAGGACUCAUGGUAUUGGUAUAAGGAUCAAAUGGGAAUGUAUUAUGUUAAGAGUGCAUAUAGACAGAUUGUUGGAGAUUAUGAGCAUAAUCCUGGUGCCUUUGAUAAAUGGAUUACAUUAUGGAAAUUGAAGGUUCCUUCGAAAUGGAAAAUUUUUUUGUGGAGAGCUUUAUGUGAUAUUCUCCAUACUACGAAUAACCUGAUUAUAAAGAGAGUGGAAGUAGAUCCAACAUGCCCUAUGUGUGGUUUAUCUCAUGAAGAUGUUAUGCACACACUUGUUUCUUGUGACUAUUCUAAAUUAGAGUGGAAUAUUUCGGAUUUGCCUGUUACAAAUAUUGUUGCUCUUUCUUUCCCAAUAUGGCUAAUGGGUGCUAUGACAAAUUUAACAGAGGAGCAAUUUGGCAUGGUGGUUACAGUCCUUUAUCACUUGUGGAGCGCCCGAAACGACGCCGUAUGGAGAGGGGCUCUGGCACGACCCGCCGGCAUGUGGAGGCGGUCCACUGCCGCAAUGGCAGCGUACGCCAGGCGCACUACCGAGGCCAGAACCGCAGUAUACCGACGGUGGCACAAGUGCCACAAGGCCGGCCACGUUGCUAUUUCGAUGGGGGAUACCGCCCGCACUCGGGCGACGCAACAUACUGUGUAA